AUGUCUAAUGGCAAGCAUGAAUUUCCCAUAAAAAAGACAUGUCCCGAUCACACGACUAAAGUAACCACCGAGAAAGCUACGACAAGUGCUGACCAAACGACUGAGAUAACCACUAAGAGUGACACAACUACAAGUACUGAUCAUACGACCGAAAUAACCACCACGAGGAAUGACAAAACGACAAGUGCUGAUCACACGACUAAAGUAACCACCGAGAAAGCUACGACAAGUGCUGAGCAAACCAGUACAUCACUGUCAACUACGCGUUUGGCGGGGUCGACUUCACCACAGAUGUCUCCAACUACAAAACCCAACGACAAAGGGAGGAAGCUUUAUCUUAUUUUGUUGAUGGUCUUUGCAGGUGGCGGAUUUUUCGGAAGUGUGUCAAUAAUAGUAGGCCUACUGAUUUACUAUUUUCACUGUCGGAAGUUCGCAAACGAUGCCGUAAACGGAGAGGAUCAACCUUUAUUAACGGUGUUCGACGAACAGCAAGGCCCUUUAAGCCCAAGAGAAUUGGAAAAAUUUGCUAAGGACGCUUCCCUGCCGCAUUGUAAUAAAAUAAUGAACAACAAGCUGUAUCAAAACAUCACCACGAUUCAGGGCAGAGGCAAAAUUACCAUCGACACAAUUUUCGAGGAGAACGAACAUCAUCUAUUCUGCACAGUGGACAUGCUAAGAAAAUGGGAUAAACAACAGGAAUGCAGCAUUGCCGAAAAGCAACGUAAACUUAAACGAGCCGUUAAAGACGCCAAAUCAACUGCACGUACUGCAUAUACAAAUCUCGAUGCUAAAGAGAUCAAGGCACUUGCUCUAAUGAAAAUCGAGGAUACGGCAUAUGAUCUCCUAAUGAUGGACAUCGAACCUUUUGCUAAGGAGCUUGGGAUGGACACGAGUGAACUGAAUACAUAUGAUCGUAGACAUCAAGCCAUAGAGGAUGAGCAUACAGGAACUGCACGCCUUCUCGCAAUGAUUAACACCGAAGAAAAGUUCAUAGUUCUAAGAGAAAUCUUAAGAGGUAGUAAUGAUAGUAGUAAAUGUUCUACAAUGUAGGAAAAUACGAAUAUGAUUUAUGAAUUAAAGCAUUUAAUUUAACUGUUCUGUCCUUUAUUCUAACCAUCAAAUUUAGAAGAACGCACAUUUUAAAAUGUAAAUGUAGCGAGAUAUAUUUCAUAUCUGUCAAUAGUAAUGCCCAAAGCUACCACGUUGCUGCUUGGAAAAAAUUGAUUGUUUCAAUUGGUUCUUGAUAACGUCUGGGCCACACACACAACAAAAUGAAAUGCAAUUAUGUGUUAUGAGCUACAUUCAUUUUGAUUUUCUUAUUGUAAAUUUUCAAUCAAGUUUUAACAUGUAUUUAAAUAUAUUCACGAUUACAUUAUAACACUUAUUGGCUCGCCUCAACGAACUUUGGCAGAGACCUAGUGAUCACUUAUGUUAGUAUGUUCAACUUGCUCUCGUGUCUUACUUUCUGCAUCAAUAAUGUUUACACCUCGUCCAUUAUGUAAUACCACCUUGAGUAAUGCCACACAUACUUCUAUGAAGAUGAUGG